AUGGUCACACGUCGGUCCCUUCCUGGCACCGACCCCCCGGCUCAGGGCUCCAUCCCCUGCCUGCCUCGGCUCCCCGUCCUGGGCAGCCUCCCCUGGCUGGGAGGAAGCGUCCCUCCGCACCUCCUCUUCACCCAGCUGGCUCGUAGGUACGGGCCUCUGUUCGCUCUCUACCUCGGUCCUCACUACACCGUGGUCGUCAACAACCAUCAACACGCCCGAGAGGUUCUGCUGCACAGAGGGAAAGACUUCGCUGGACGGCCGAGCAUGGUGACGACCGACCUGCUGACCAGAGAAGGUAAAGACAUCGCCUUCUCAGACUACUCUCCUCUCUGGAAGUUACAUCGCCGCCUCGUCCACAACUCCUUCACUCUGUUUGGAGAAGGAACGAGCCGACUGCAGGACAUCGUUUUGUCCUCGGUGGACAGUCUGUGUGCUGAGCUGUUGUCCUGUGGGGAACAUGGCUUUGACCCGUGUCCUGCAGUGACCAGAGCCGUCACCAACGUGGUGUGCAUGCUGGUGUUCAGCGCUACCUAUCAGCACGGUGAUGCUGAGCUGCAGGAGGUGAUCCGAUAUAACGAUGGCAUCGUAGAGACGAUCGCCAGAGGAGGACUGGUGGACAUCUUCCCCUGGAUGAAGGUCUUUCCUAACAAGUCUCUCAGUAAACUAAAGGAGUGCAUCACCGUCAGAGACCGACUGCUGACUCGGAAACUGGAGGAACACAAGUCCACCUCUCUGACUCGUAUUCAGGCCUCGCUGGGUGACGGUGACCCCCGUGACCUCCUGGAUGCUCUGCUAAAGGGCAAGACGGGCAGCGGUCGGGGUCAAAGGUCGUCGGGGUCGGAGGACGAAGGGAUCACAGACGACCACGUCUUGAUGACAGCAGCUGAGGCUUUUGGAGCCGGAGUGGAGACGACGUCCACCACGCUGCUGUGGAUCCUGGCCUACCUGCUGCACCACCCAGAGGUCCAGGAGCGUGUGCAGAGGGAGCUGGACGAGCACGUGGGUAGCGAUCGAGCGGUGUGCAUGUCGGACCGCAGCCAACUGCCGUACCUGGACUGUGUCAUCAACGAGGGCAUGAGGAUCCGACCGGUCAGCCCCGUCCUGAUCCCCCACACCGCCAUGACCGACAGCAGUAUCGGAGGUCACUCGGUCAGUCGUGGGACUCGUGUUUUGGUCAACAUGUGGUCGAUCCAUCACGACCCGAAACACUGGGACAAACCGGACCUGUUCAACCCAGAUCGUUUCCUUGACGACCAGGGUCAGCGCGUAACACCCUCCUGCUUCCUGCCGUUCGGGGCGGGGCCUCGGGUCUGCGUUGGCGAAUCAUUGGCCAGGCUGGAGCUGUUCCUCUUCCUGUCCUCUCUGCUCCAGCGAAUGAGCUUCAGGCUGCCGGACGGUGCUCCCCCGCCCAACCUGAAGGGGCGGCUGGGUGUGGUCUUACAGCCUUUACCUUAUAAGGUUGUCGUCUCGCCGAGGUACUAA